AUGUCUCCUGCAGCAACAACAGAGCUUGGCCCUGCCAGUGGCCCCGAUGUCCAACUCAAACCUGAAGAGACACCUAAACACAAGGCUCCUCGCCAACAUGCCGCACACGAAGAAUACCAAUACCUCGACUUGAUUCGUGACAUCCUCGAAGAAGGAGAGCACCGUCCAGACAGAACUGGUACUGGUACAUACUCCAUCUUCGCCCCUAACCAACUUCGCUUCAGACUUUCCGACAAAGACACUGGAAAAUUGAUUCUACCUCUUCUCACCACAAAACGUGUCUUCCUCCGCGCCGUCAUUGCUGAACUCCUAUGGUUCGUUGCUGGAAGCACAUCCUCAACUCCCCUCACCGAACAAGGCAUCAAGAUUUGGGACGGCAACGGCUCGCGUGAAUACCUCGAUUCAGUCGGUCUCUCGCAUCGUGAAGUUGGCGAUCUCGGCCCUGUCUACGGCUUCCAAUGGCGCCACUUUGGUGCUGAAUACAAAGACGCAAAGACUGAUUACACUGGCCAAGGUGUCGAUCAACUGGCAGAGGUCGUACAUAAGUUGAAGAACAACCCCUACGAUCGCCGCAUCAUUCUCUCCGCUUGGAACCCCGCAGACCUCAAGAAGAUGGCUCUGCCACCUUGCCACAUGUUCGCUCAGUUCUACGUCUCGUUCCCCAAGGAUGCACCUACCAAGGCAGAUGGUUCAAAGCAGGGCACUCUACACUCUAUCUUGUACCAAAGGUCUUGCGACAUGGGUCUAGGUGUCCCUUUCAACAUCGCCAGUUAUGCUCUGCUGACCCACAUGCUGGCAAAGGUGUGCAACUUGAUCCCUGGCACUUUCACACAUACAAUGGGCGAUGCACACGUCUACUGCGAUCAUGUUGAUGCUCUCAAGCUCCAAAUCGAGCGUGUACCAAAAGACUUCCCUGAGCUGGUUAUUGAAAAGUCGGACGAAGAUCUCUCGAUUGACGGCUGGAAAGUCGAGGAUUUCAAGGUCCUUGGAUACGACCCUCACAAGGGCAUUGCCAUGAAGAUGUCUGUAUAA